AUGUGGAUGUACAAUGGGGGUUCCCUUGAUGGAGAGGAGGGGCAGCGGCUCGGCUGGCCUGGACGGGAUGGGCACGAGCGGCGCGCCCAUGACGCCGUGGAGCAGGCACAGAUCGGACCGCCGGAACGAGCCACUGGACCCGCUGGGAUCACCACUGCCAGCUACAACAGAGGAGGCCAUGGACAGCGUGUGCGUCAGGUGGCCGCAGACCCAGAGGCGCUCGGUGUCGGGCCCCUCGAUGAGCGGCGCCAGUGCCUCCCCACUGGGGUGCAGACUGCCGAGGACGAGGAGGACGGCGAAAGCAGAGGUGAGCAGGGCCGUCACCGGUGGUUCCGUUGCUAG